GUCACCUGGCCUCCCUUCGCAGUCUGGGGGGGACCGUGAGCGACCUUCUCACGAGGAUCAGGUGCACCUGGUUCUCCGGUCGCCGUAGCGGCAAGGUCACGCAAGCUGCGAGAUGGACUCGGUGUGAUCGUCGAAAGUACGAGACGAUCGAGAUCCGGGGACCGCGACGGGAGUGAAGAGGGGAAGGGCUCCUGGAGCGUACGUUGCCCGGAAUGGCAUCCGUGAGCUGAGCCCUUCUUGCACGGUCUUCCGGUUGGGUCUGCUGAAGAAAACAUCUCCGGGUCUCUGCCAUGCUGGAGCCGGGGGUUCCCGAAUGCACCAGUGGGCUUGAUGCCGACCAGGCUGGAACCAAUGCUUUGGAUUUCGAGGAUUUGCGUUUCCAGAGUGCCCUGGCACCGGACACCUCCUUCGGAGAGUGGAGCUCGUUCGGGAACGACGUCCACCCAAGCUUCAGUGACCACAGCACUUUGUCGCCUGCUUGUCUUCCCUCGAAACACCAGGAUGUGAAGAAUCCUCAUGUUUCAGGUGACCAGUUCACCUGCUCCAAAAAAAAGAUAUUUGAGUCAUCAGACCUGGAGCAGAUGUUCCACAGCUGCUUUCCUUGUGCGGGAGACUCAUCAGAAGUGCCAGCCACCGCAGAGGCAAGGCCCUUGUCGGAGUUGUUGUAUGGUGCACCAGGGAGCCCCGCCUCCUGUUCAGAAGUGUCACGUGCUGCAACCUUGUGGAGCCGCCUGCUGAUAGAACCCCGCUGUCCGGAGCUGUCCCGACCGAGCCGUCGUCCGCCACGCUCUCACUCGGCUCUGCUGUCCGCUCUCAGCAUCGCUCCCGCCGUUGUUGCCGCACAACAGGGGGCCCUCCCUGCUGAGAGAGACCCAGAGGAGAAUGACGGGGAGACGACGAGCCCUCGCACCGUCGCGCUCAUCCAGACUAAGCUUCUGCCGCCCCCCCAGUUUCGGGAAGGCCGAGGUUUCCUCUACCAGAUCUCCCACCAGUGGCUCUCCCAGUGCAGCCUGGGCCUCCAGGGCCGCAACCCCCAAAGAAGCUUCCUACCUUGAGCUCCACCUGCAAGCGUGGCUCUUCCCAAGCAGGAAUGAGGCAACUGCAACACACACACACAAUA